ACGAUGUUCCUCAGUAGUGGGAUCCAAUUCGCCCAGGAAAAAAGACUAAAUUUCGAGCGCUCAGCACGAAAGGACUCUAGCACCGCAGUCCGUCCUGACACAGAAUUACAGUACUUAGAAAAAUCGGGUUGGAAUUUUAAAGCCAAACAGAAAAUUCACAUUCGCUUCAUUCCAAAAAAAAAUUCCAAAUAAUACUACACUCUGCUUUGCCUUUAAAUGUGUCCCGCUUUCUCGAAGAUUGCUUUUUAAAUGUACAGAGUGUAUUAAACAAAGUUCGACAGAAGUGUGUCCCUGCUUUCAAACCAGGAUAUCAAUUGCAGUUUAAGUGUUGCUGCUAUAAAAGUGAAUCAAUUUUUCAAGUUUCAAAGUGCUACCCGCAAAUGCUAAAGUUCAGGCUAUGAAAGUUGCUCCAAAAAAUUUUCCACGUCGUUUAUUGUUGCCCUGUGAAUGUUGAAAGUUUCCGAAAGGGGAUCAUAAGAAUAUAUAUCCAGCGUUCGUUACGAGUGAAUGUUUUCAUUGCACAGUUUUUCAGUUGUGCAGAUACAGCAUAAAUUAGAAAGUUUCAUGAGAUAAAACGAAUCCUUUAAAAAAAAAGGAUACGCGCAAUUGUAAAAAAAGUUACUACUACAUCUAAGCACCACCAAUUCACGGUUAUACUUGACUCAGAUUGCUCGCAAAGCUACACUCUGGAAAAGAGCCCUGAACAAGCCGAAGGGAACGUACCUGCGGACUAUUCAAAGAUAGAUAGUGCAACUAGCAAAAUGAAGAAACGUGACACCGAUUUAUGACUCACAAAAACCAGAUCGGGUGGCUGUAAAAUACGAGUGACGACCCGUUGCUUGCCGGCUACUUCGACAGCAACAACGUACAGUCUAGUGCCACCGACUAUCACCACUCCACAGCCACCAACUCCGACCAAGGAAGCCGCGGUCAGAUUCGAGAUAGGUGCCGAGAGCGGUGUGGCAACCAGCGUCAAUCAGAACAACCAGCCACCCAUCAUUCAAUCUGAAACUGCCACCAAAAUUGAUUUUACCAACAUCCCGAACAAUAGCAACAAUAGUCGUCAUCAUAACUCGAGAAAAGAUUCCGGUAUCGAUAUUAACGCCACGAGUCCGGAAACAACCGCCAUCGUGGAUCGACAACCGACAGACUACGUUAGAAACAAAACAACUACUCGUAGUUGGCCGGUAAUACACCGGAACAACUCGUACAGAUAUCAGCUUCAACCGUCGGUACAAAAUUACCGACGGCAACAAUCACACCAUUACUAUCAAUAUGAUUAUGAUGCCCUUGCCGGAGUAAACGGACCCCCAAAUGAUACCAAUAACAAUAUCAACUAUAACUCAAACGAAGAUUAUUUAGCCAACAGCAGUUACGAUAAAUCCCCUAGCAUCGAAAGCUAUUAUUAUCAGCACUACAGGCUCAGCAUGCAACAGUCGACCGCGACAAUGACUACAACAGCAGGACAAGGCGGCGCCGCCAUCACUUCUACCACACAUCAGAUGCAAUCCGGCACCACUUGUUGUAUGAUGCCACCACCGGUUCUUUUUCUUUUCUUCACACUGCUGAUGACAUCCAGUGCGACGGCAAUGCUUUGCGCCGCCAUUAUGACCGACCAUUGGGAGCACGUCUCCUGGAACCGGGAACAGCUAGAUAAGCUCGGUAACAAGUCCUCGAUAGAUCUGCAGUGGUAUCUCGAUGGACGGGCCGCGAAGUUUUCCGUGUCGGAUAUGCACCGAAAAACGGGUGACGCACGGAACAAGGCUUUCGAUUUACCCCGUCAUAAUAGCAUAAAAAACAACAACGCUCCAUUCGACGAACGGGCAAACGUGUUUCUGGUACCAAUGAACGGUGGCAUCUGGACUCUGUGUGUCGAUCUUACAGCUGAAGAAAUUCGUUCGUUGUCGAUCGAUGGAUUUCCCCAAGUCAACCAGUGUGUUAAUUAUCUAGCCGGAAACACAGACAGCGCACAGACCAACGAAGAAAAUAAUGCUCGUGCCGAGUGGCAACACAGUGAGUUCCAGCCUUCAUUACAUCCGCAUUUAAGAAUGCAAAACUUAUCGAUAUCAUGCUCACUGGUGUGUCUCAUAAUUUUGGGCAGUGCCGCACUAGUCGGAGCUUUUGGAGUUUGUCAACGACAAAUCAGUGCCGUAUUAGUUACCGGCGUAAUGUAUCUGUUGGCUGCACUGUUUGCGCUGUUCACAUUGAUGAUAAUACAUUUCAAGCGCCAGCAAGGACGACCCAUUCCAGAUAUUACGGACUAUGGCGUCUCAAUCGACGGCGUGGUCGCUAUCAAGCCGGAUUUCAUGUACGCACAACCCCUGCUGGAUGCUCGAGUUAUCGUUACCGCUUGGAGUCUUGACCUCGGAUGGGGUGGAGUUGUCCUCUGCGCCUUCACUUCGUUUCUCUGGAUAUUGUUGUCCAAGAUCAUGAGAUUCAACCCGUUAUCGGCAAUGAUUUGAUGAUUCAAAAUAAAAUUCAACAAAGUUUCCGCUUACAAUGUGUCAUAAAUCGAUGUGUGGAAAUGUUACGGUCCCCCGCUUAUGAACUGUCCUGUACGAUAUUUUGUUCCACUCUAAGUAUUCCGGAUGUUCGUUUAUAAUACACACUAAACUUGCAUCUGCUGAACUCAAUACCACCUCUCUAGUAACGAAUAUGUUGUUAUGAAGCAAUUUCCCACAAUUUUGAAAAAAGAACCAAAAGACUUUUACAGACGGAAGUCAGCUUUUAACGAACAUACACGUGAUUUUUACAAAAGAUUAUCAACUAUUGUUUUUCGCAAUAUAAGAAUAAACUAAAUUCGACUCGAUGACCGAUAUCAAUGCGGUACAUUUAAUAUAGGGAACUAUUGGAGAGCUUUCUAUUGCAAAAAAUAUAUAUAUAUAUAUAUAUCAAACAAAAACAAAUACGAAUUAUUGCAAUGCUUUCAUUGCUAAUUUUUUAUUCUAAAUAUUUUCCCCCCGAAAGGUAUUCUUGAGAAUCAAGUGAAAUUUAUCAAUUGAAAUGCAUCACCAAAUCAUAGAAUAUAAUCAACCGAGGCGUAAAACAAUGUUCAAUACUAAAGAAGCAAACCAAUUCACAAAUAUCUUGCAACAAAAUAGUGUUAUCGAUAUAUUUUAUGUGAAUGCUUUGCCUUAAUUGAAAACAAAACAGAAAGACAAACAAAAAUGCAUCAUGAUUCACACUAUAUACAAAUAAAAG